CGGUUAUAGAAUUCACGAUUAGAAGAGCUUUCACCAAAUGAAUGGUGGAAAAUCCAAACAGUUCAACAUUUAUAUUGUAAGCGUUAAGAAAGCGAGAAUAAAAACAUCUUCUAUACGAUUGUGCGACAAAUUGAGCAGAGCUCUUCAGUGUUGCAGAGUAUAACAAACUUGCAAAAGGAGAGUACAAAAGUUGUGAAAAGCUUUUUUCCAUAAUCUUCCGAAAAGAAUAAAACACCAAAAAACUGACAGGACUCUAACGCGCCUGUGUAUAAUUGUGCUCCUUUCUACCCGAGUUACCAUCAUCAUCAUUUGUCUUUGUCACUAGCUCGUUAAAUAGUUGACUUCAUUCAAUUAACUAACUAAAAGCGCAGAAAACAACAACAAAUAUCACAUAAAAAAUCCUCAGCGGAGAAGAGAGAGCUAUCGCUACACACACACACUAAAGGACUAACAACGAAUGCGUAUAAUCCCCUGUGCUCUCACUCUCCCUCUCUCUGUGUAUAAGAAGAUUUGCCAACACCACCACCAGCAGUAAAGUCGUUUUCCUCUACAUCCUGCAACACCCCCACACUCAAAAAGCUAUAGUGUUCAAAGAUUGGAGAGCAGAGUGCCAGCAGAAUAUUCUCAAUGCUGUAGUCGUCAUCAGACGUUUGCUGGCUAUAACCGACACAAACACUGACAUACUUUUGUUUGGGCCACAAAAUCAUUCAGUGUGUACUAAUUCUCCCUCCAUUAACAAACAUCCUCCAUUCACUACUCACACACAGGCAGGCAAGCAGGCGACCAGUGUAAGAAAGAGCCCCAACGGCGACGUAAAUAGCGGCAGAAAAAGUACCCCAAUCAACACAACAACAAAAAACCGUUAAAGAAGCUUCGUACACCAAAGACAUUAUUGUUUGUUAAUAUAUAAAUCUGUAAACAAUGGGCCAGAAAGAUAAGAAAAAGGAAGAGGCGGAACCAGCACCAGCAGCCGAUGCCCCUCCAGCAGGUGAUGCCCCACCAGCCGGUGAGGGUGGUGAUGGCGAGAUUGUUGGAGGACCACGUAAUCCUCAACAGAUUGCGGCACAAAAACGAUUACAACAAACCCAGGCACAAGUCGAUGAGGUUGUUGAUAUUAUGCGAACAAAUGUUGAAAAGGUACUCGAAAGAGAUCAAAAGCUAUCUGAAUUGGAUGAUCGUGCCGAUGCACUGCAACAGGGUGCAUCACAAUUUGAACAGCAGGCUGGUAAAUUGAAACGAAAGUUCUGGUUGCAAAAUUUGAAGAUGAUGAUUAUAAUGGGUGUCAUUGGACUCGUUAUUGUGGGCAUUAUUGCAAAUAAACUUGGUCUAAUAGGCAGCGAGCCACAGCCCCAGUAUCCACCACAAUAUUAUAUGCCGCCACCACCACAACCACCACCACAGGCUGCUGGCACUGGUGGUGGUACAUCAUCUUUGGUCGCAGAUGAUACCAAACAGCAUGCAGCAGGCGGAGUAUAAGAGAAUUAGUUUUAAUAACAACCAAAAUCAGCUGCAAAAACAACAACAACUAACUAUUACAACCUAAAAAGGAAAACUACAAGAACAACAACAAAAACAGUGUUAAAAUUGCUUAAAACUCCCCAUACAACAAAACCAAAACAAAAAAAAAUCUCAUUCAAUUUCUUUUUUUCAACUAUUUGAAAUUUUCAACACUUAUUUACAACAAUUAACCCAAAAUAAACACACACAAACACUCAUACAUUCAUCCACCCACACACACACAGACAAAUAUAACCUCAAUUGAAAAUCCAAAGAAAGAAUACUUAACAAAUAAUGGUAAAUAAAUCUAUUUAUUAUUAAUAAUAAUAAUACAAAACAAAAACUACAAUGCAAAUAAUACUAUAUAACAAAAGAAAAAUUAAUAAUAAUAACAAAACAAUUAUAUUCCAAUAAUAAUAAUAAUAAUAAAGAAAGAAGAAAAAAAUCUUAAACUAGCAAAACAAAUGUAUUUCAAUAAUAAAAAGUGAAAAAAACUCAAUCUUAUUGCAUAAAUAACUAAAUUUCCAAAAUAAUACAAAAAUCCAAAUAUUAUAAUAAAAAUAAAAUCGAGAAGUCGAAGUAAGCAGUGGAAUGCAAAACAAAACUUAUUAACAACAAUGGGAAUUAUUACAUACAUACUAACAUACAUAUAUAAUAUACUUAAUAACACUAUUGGGAAAAAAUACAAAACAAACAAAUGAAUAAUUAAAGUCAACUACAAGGAAACGAUAAAGAAGAACCACAACAGAAAUAUAAAAAGUAAAUAAACAACAAAUAUGGUGUAAAAAAAUUAUGCAAAA